AAACCGCUAUUCUUUUACAUUUUUUUUCCCUUUGUUUUUUAAUACUUUUUUUCUGAGCCCUAAAUCUUUUCUCAUUUUGAAUUUUCCUAUUCAACUUAAUCAUCCUCUCAAGUAAAUUAAAAAAAAUUGAAUUCGUGGAAUUAUUCUCUCUCUUACCCCCAUAAUCUUGAGGGGUAAGUAGCUGUAUCUUAUUAUUAUUAUUAUUAUUAAUUUUUUAAACAUCUUUGGAUUAUCAUUAGCAAAAACAAGAUACAGCUAGUAAUCAAGAUUUGGCUUUUAUGAUCGGUGGAAUUCGAUUAAAUUUAGGUUCAAUUAGAGCAGAAUGUAUACCCGAAAUCAUAUAAUCGACUUCAACUAGCUUGUUAAAGAGGAUUGUUUAACGAGUCCGAAUAACAAGGACGAUUAAAUUGGUCAUGAAUCGAUGCUAUAUAAUUGUGUUUGGUAUGAUAAUAUAAAAAUGUGAGAAUUAUUUACUCGAACAACAUUAAGCGCGGAAAAUUUGUGUUGAUUGAAGAAGAAAAUCAAAAUGGAAAUGGAGAACUGGAGUAGUGGUGAUAAUAAGCCUUCAAUGCAGCAACCUGAGAAGAAACAUGACGAUACCAAGCCACUUAUGAAAGUGAAAACAUCCGGUUUAUCUCCUUCUUCAUCACCUCUUUCGUCUCCUACUUCAUCUGAGUCGUCAUCACUAGAGCUAAGUAACAGUCGAAAGGAUCCUCUUGGAGACGCGGAUGCUUCUUUAUCUUCUCCUGAUCAUGUUCCUAAUCAGACACCACAAUGGAGUAUGAUAAGUGCAUCUCCGCGUGGUGAAGAACCUCCACAAUUUCCUGAUUUUUUCCCUCAGAAUCCUGAAUGGAAUGUAGCCAACCCUGGACCGAUGAAGUCACCUCCAACGCAUAAUAAUAACAUGGGUCAUCCUCCAGGUUAUGAUCCUAAUCGGAUUCCCUCGUCUAUAUUUUCAAGCAAGCCUAAUAGCAGUGGUAUGGAAUGGAGUACUGCUUCAAAUGAAUCAUUGUUUAGUAUUCAUAUGGGAAACAACAGCUUCUCAAGAGAUCAAUUCAACAUGAUGUAUCGAUCUGGAGAACUUUUAAAACCAGAGGAAUGGAGUAAUUCUCCGUAUAAUAAUGCACCUGAUGUUAAAUCCAAUGACAAGAAAAACUUGCCUCCUAACCUUCCUCCUCUUGUCGAAAUGGCUAAAGAUAAAGAGGUAAAGAGUGAAACUAAAAUGGAGAGUCCUCGUAUGCAAGAAAAGAUCAUUGAAUCGGAGAAUCAUGAAAAUAACAUCAAAGUAAACAAGACAUCUAAUGUCGAUGAAGUUCAACAUUCUCCCUCAGCGCUCAACAAGUCAGAUGAAUUACUACAUUCUGCCUCAACGCUCAACAAGUCAGAUGGUAAAGCAGUUUCUCAGUUUGAGGCAAGUUAUGCUUCCUCGCCCCGCCUCUCCAAUGAGAGUGGAAACAGCAGCAGCUCCUUUGCUUUUCCAUUACUACUAAACGAUGCUGGGAAAACUGGCUCACUCAAAGCUCCCUCUGCGAAAAUGGAGAGACCUCAACCUCAGCCUCAGCAUCAGCAUCAGCCACAGCCACAUCCACAUCCACAGCCACAACCACAACCACAACCCAAGUAUGAACCAGAUUCAGAACCACAAAUGCAGCCACAAUCACCGCAACAAUCAGAGUCAUACACGAAAUCAGAGUCAAAACAAGCAGAGUCACUGCCAAAACUGGGAGCGACUAGUUGGUUUUCUUGUUUCUCUUGCUGGCCUCGAUGUUGUUAACAUAGGCUUCAUCCUUGUCCAUUGUAUGUAUGUACACAAGAAAUACUAAUUCAUUUGGUCUUUUUGAUCAAGGACGACUCCUAGAAGUUAGAACGCAUGUCUUCAUCAUAAAUUGUAAAUUUUCUUUUGCCAUGUGAAAUGCAUGAGAGGGCAUACGGUGUUACAUAUA